CAAAGAAAUCUUUUUGCUCUUUGGAUCUUGCGCGCGCAUGUCGUGCUUUUUUGCAUAAAUUUACGGAGUUCACACUUCGCAGAAAAUGGCUUCGAUUACAAAUUCGAAGCAUUCUGAAGUAAACGGUGACUGUGUUUAUACACCAAAUAAGAUGGAAUCUAAUAAAGUAACAGUUGUUUUGGGUGCGCAAUGGGGCGACGAGGGAAAAGGCAAAGUUGUGGAUUUAUUGGCUCUGAACUCGGACAUCGUGUGUCGUUGCCAGGGUGGUAACAACGCGGGUCACACAGUGGUGGUGAACGGCAAGGAGUUCGAUUUCCACCUGCUGCCCAGUGGCAUCAUCAACCAAGAAUGCAUUUCGCUCAUCGGGAACGGUGUCGUUAUUCAUUUGCCGGGGUUGUUCGAGGAGCUGAAGAAGAACGAGUCCAAGGGUAUGGAGAACUGGCAGAACCGCCUCAUCAUAUCCGACCGGGCGCAUCUCGUCUUCGAUAUACAUCAGCAGGUGGAUGGUCUCCAAGAAGCCGAGAAGGGCAAGAACUCCCUCGGCACAACGAAAAAGGGCAUCGGCCCGACCUACUCGUCGAAGGCCACAAGGAACGGCAUCCGGAUUGGUGACCUGUUGGGUGACUUCCAAAUUUUUGAAGAGAAGUUCCGAUCGCUAGCCGCUACGUACAAACGCAUGUUCCCUUCACUCGAAGUGGAUAUUGAGAACGAGCUGGCGAAAUACAAGGAGUACGCGGUCAAGAUACGGCCCCUGGUGCGCGACACCGUGUCCUACUUGCACAAGGAGAUCAGAAGUGGGAGGAAAGUGCUCGUCGAGGGCGCCAAUGCCGCCAUGUUGGAUAUUGAUUUCGGCACGUACCCGUACGUGACGUCAUCGAACUGCAGCAUCGGCGGCGUGUGCACCGGCCUCGGCCUGCCGCCGCGCCUCAUCGGCGAGGUGCUGGGCGUCGUCAAGGCGUACACCACGCGCGUCGGCGACGGGCCCUUCCCCACCGAGCUGCACGACGAGAUGGGCAAGCUGCUCCAGGAGCGCGGGCACGAGGUGGGCGUGACGACGCGGCGCGUGCGCAGGUGCGGCUGGCUCGACCUCGUCGUCGUGCAGUACACCGCCAGCGUCAACGGGUACACCUCAUUGUGCCUAACGAAAUUAGACAUUUUGGACAAUCUAGAAGAAAUCAAAGUCGGUGUGGCCUACAAGUUGAAUGGGAAAAAGAUUGACUACUUCCCUUCCUCCAUGACUGAACUCAGUGCUGUUGAGGUGGAGUACGUGACGCUCCCCGGCUGGGCGUGCAGCACGGAGGACGUGCGGGAGCUGAGCAAGCUGCCGCCCAACGCCAAGGCCUAUGUCAAGCUCAUUGAGGACUACCUGCAGAUACCGGUUAAAUACAUUGGCGUUGGACAAGGCAGGGAGUCGAUAAUCAACGUGGCUUAACAUUAACAACUGUUACUUAAACCGUACGCUUAACGUCUUACUUAAUAAUGGUAUAACGGUGUAGCGUUAUUUCGAUGGUGUCGGUAUUCGUAACGGUAUCUAAAUAACGUUAUAACGCUUGUGACGUGCGUUGUUAGUUAAUUGUUUUAGCGUGGUGGUGUUUAUCGCAGCGAUGGAACGUUGAAGAUUUUUUUUUUCGUUCUUUCUAUAUAUACCAUAGAUAACAUAUGGCGUUUUUUUUGUUUUUUUUUUAUUUUAAAUUAUGUUUAGAAUAUAAAUAUUGUAUUUAUAAUUAUUAGAAUAUUAAAGCGAUUUCUAUUAUUUUCAUUGCAUUGUCUUGCCAAAUGGUUUUGAAGAAAUUACGCGAAGUUUUUUGAGUUACAACGCUGCGGUAAACUCUAUGGCGGUUAUUUUAAAAUAAGGCUUGUUUUAAAUUAUAAUAAUACUUCUAUCUUAUGGAAUGGACAUAUAACGACUUUUUUUAACAAUAUAUUUAUCAUAGAAAUAUAUUUUCAUGUGAUUAGGAAAAUAUAAAGAACAUUAAAUAGCUAUACUUAGUGCACGUUUAAAAGUAUUUGUGGAACUAAAGAGUCGUGGAGUGGUUUUUUUCAACUAAUUUACGUAUGUGUUCCGGCUGUGCCGUUAACAUUUAAAUAUGUUGAGUAUUUCUUGUAUUGAUAAUUUUUUUAAUUCAGUAUUCCGGGUUUGCAAAAAUAGUAAAUUUGUUUUUUUUUU